CCGAUGACUCUAAGGAAGAGGAAAGUGCGUUGGAGGUGUUGAGCCGAACCAAACUAGAAGCAGUAGUGGUUAAAAGGGAGUUGCAUGACGGACGACUGAUUAAUUUGAACAUCAAAAUGAUAAAGGAGUUGAAAAAUCAAAAUGUGUGGAUCCUGCAAGAGGACCUACAAGGAUCUUUUGGCUAUGUCUAUAUUUCCAAAAAAGAAGUUCAAGGCUUCAACAUUAGAGUUGUUCUUAAAGAAAUAGACAUUGGCCAAAAACAAUCCCAUAAGACACAAAAGUUGGGAUCAGUUACAAACGAAAAGCUUGCAUCACGAUUAAUGCAUUUUGGAAUUGUGCCUCUACUGGCAUUUCACGACGAUCAUAAAAAUGGGAAAUACUACUUUGUAUCACCCUUUCUCGUGAACGGUGACCUGUUUGAUGUAAUACAAUUUGAUACAUACAAUAUAAGGAACAAAAUGCAAUUCAAACUGGAUUGGAAAAAGCGGGUGAAAAUUAUGUACCAGAUUGCGUCCGCGUUGGACUACAUGCACGCUGGCAAUAAAUUUAGGGGUACAAUAUUACACAUGGAUAUUAAAUCAAAGAACAUCGUAUUAGACUCUAAGUUCAAUGCGCGAUUAAUCGACUUUGGGCUUUCUCGAGAAUUGAAAGAAGGCGAUGAAAGUUUGGCCGUUACGGCAUUACCUUUGGGAACAAAAGGAUACUACCCCACCAUGCAGCAUAACAUGCUCACCAAACAGCACGAUUACCACAAUUUCGGAGUAGUGAUACUCGAAUUAAUUACGGGAUUGGAAGCGUGUACCACAGAUCAAGGAUUAGAAUUGCGAAAAUGGAAUCUUCGGCGCAUCAAGGAUCGUCAACAGGUACCUAGAUAUAGAGUGAUAUUAUGUUAG